CAAAAGGAUGUGCUAUCCUGCGCUGUCUGCAACCGCGUUCUUGGGUAAUCUCGUGCAGAUCUUAUGAAUGAUAGUUAGCGAUGCAUCAUUGCAACAGUUCAGAUACUCACGUACAGAAGCUGGUGUGCCAGAGGAAUCCUUCAGGGCAGUGCAUGAUUGUUAUGAAUGACGAAUAUCGCCAAUAAGAAGUGUUAGGGUAUCCUUCAAAGAGUGAAAUUUUUCAGUGAAGUAACGUAUCCCGGAAAACCCCGUGUAGUUCAGCCGUCAAGGAUCAGGCUGUUACCGGCGUUGCAGUGUAGGAUCCUUGCUAGUGCAAGCUUGUGUCGCCCUCCAUGCAAAAACUGAGGUUUUCGUGCAGUGAAGUCAUUAUAAGUUCACCUCAUUCUCACCUGUGUCGGUUUACCAGUUUCUUGUGCUAGAACAGUUUUUGGUGUGGAAAUUUAGUGUCACCUGCUUCCCAUCCUUGCAACCCGGCAUCCGGUACUAGCUGCAGGCAUCAUUCAAGUGAAUCGUUAAAAUGUAAAUAGUCGCGAAUGUGAUUGUGGUUCCGUGUACGAUGAAGUUUACGGGGCAGAAGCAAAAAAAGUUUUCAAAAAUAUCGCAGGCCACGGGGUAGGCUACGGUUAGGUGAAAGUAAUUUCCAAUAAGCACGACUGGAGGCUGAAGAUUGAGAGGGAAGAAAAAGGAUAAAAAAAGCGGAGUUUUGUGUAAUUGUGCUCGAAUUGUUUUCAGUUUGUGAAGGAUACGGGUCAAGUGCACGCGUAAAACACACGCUACAAUGUUGGAAUAUCGAUGUCGUUGUGGAUUAGCCUUUUAUUUGCAGCUGUUUCUUCUGACAUUUUGGGAAACUGAAACAUUUUGCGGUGACGUUCCACCUCAUUACUGGGAGACUCCUUACUCGCAGCCGUAUUUCGACAAUUCCACAAGGCGAGAAAUAACAGCUACCGUUGGUCAAGCCGCCUUGCUUCAUUGCCGAGUUCGAAAUUUGGGUGACCGAGCGGUUUCAUGGAUACGAAAAAGGGAUCUGCAUAUCCUGACAGUUGGCAUUCUCACCUACACAAACGACCAGAGAUUUCAAUCUUUACACACCGAAGGGUCAGACGAAUGGACAUUAAGGAUAUCGUCGCCGCAGCCAAGGGACACGGGGACUUACGAAUGCCAGGUCUCCACCGAACCGAAAAUAAGCCAAGCGUUCCGGCUGCAUGUUGUCGUAUCACGUGCAAAGAUUCUUGGCAAUUCGGAGCUCUUCAUAAAGAGUGGCAGCGACAUAAAUUUAACGUGCCUGGCAAUGCAGUCACCUAUUCCGCCAUCAUUUAUUUACUGGUAUAAAGGGAAGCGCGUCAUGAAUUACUCACAACGUGGCGGCAUCAACGUUAUUACGGAGCGCCAAACAAGGACUAGUAAAUUGCUUAUAGCGAAAGCCAGCCCAGCAGAUUCUGGCAACUACACCUGCUCACCCAGCAGCUCAGACUCCGCCAGUGUCGUGGUACACGUUAUAAAUGGGGAACAUCCAGCCGCAAUGCAGCAUGGGAACAGUAGCGCCAACAGCAUAUCAUCAUCUUUACAUGUGUCCAGGACAUCAUCAAGGACCGCUAGUAGCCAUUUACAACGUUUAAUGGUCCAAAUAACAUCACACUGGACAAUGAUGGCACUGACGGCCGUCUGCGCCAUUAAGUCCAUUAGGUGAUUAGAAUUAGCUUAAGAACUGUACAAAGUCUGGUUAAGUUAUUCGAAUAGAUUGAUAUUAAAAAGAACACAAUAUGGCCGGGGUCAUAUGCAUAAUAACAUCAGGAGCGUGAGAGAGGGUAGCUAAUUUAGACUAGAUAAUACUGUAUGUAAAUUUACUAUUAAUGAUAAUGGUACGAUACCAAUCUGUAAUAAUUACGUGUUUUAUCUGUGAAAAAUUAUGGAGUCUUGACCUAUAUUUUGGAAUUAGGGCACGGUAAAUUCGAGAUAGGCAUGUCAACAAGAAGCAGCCGUAAAUAUGUAAUAAAUUAACUGAGCUCUGCAUUGAUACCAUCUAUUUUCAAAUUAGUACUUCCUGAAUAUUUCUUGCCGAAGAAUAGUUCGUGAAAAUUUCUCGGAAGCAAGAUUAGAGAGAAAGAUUUGUACAUAUAAAUUAAGAUAAGAUUCGAUAUAUAUAUAUGACUUGUAUCUAUCGCUAAAUAAAUCUACUAUCUUGGAAAUGUGAGAAAAUCAGUUAAAGAUACGCGCG